AUGGUUCCGCCAACGGACGGACGCGAGAAUGAUCCAUUGCAACGAUGGAAAGGAGCACCAGUUGCAUUCUGGGGUGUUGGUGGGACGAUGGUAACAGCUUUCCCUAAAGACAUACCAAGUAUUAAAGACACCGAUCCUCUCGAGGAACGACUCGCCAAAUUCCCAGGGCCAUUAAAGGGCAAGUCUAAGAAGAAGGAAACCAUCUCGUGGCUCAGUACUGGCAUUGAAGAGCUUGAGAAGAAUCUUCCUAGUCCAUCAUUCCAGACCCAGAUUUCACACGAACAUAAGCGUGCCGAAGAGCGUGUUUUGUUGUGGAAGAUUCUUAGACUAUUUGUUGAGUAUGACGGUGUGCUUGAAGGGAAUGCAGCUGUGGACAAGGCAGUUCGCGAUGUGCUAAGCCCAGGAAGCGAUGGCUCGAAAGACGUUUUGUCUCCGAUUUAUGCCACAGGCGCAGAGUCAACCGGCCUUCACGAGUCGUCUACUACACAGAUGCAGGCGGAUUCAGUCGACUCAACCACAAUCGAACAGAUCAAAAACUCUCUUGUGAGCGGAGAUCGCGAACAGGCUGUGUGGGCUGCUGCUGAUAAACGAUUAUGGGGCCAUGCACUGCUUAUCGCCAAUACAGUCUCCCCUGACUUGUAUCACAAGGUGUCGCAGGAAUUCAUCAAGAAGGAGGUCAACAUCGCUGGCCAUAACAAUGAAUCACUUGCAGCUCUAUAUGCCGUUCUAUCAGGGAACCAUGAGGAGUCCGUAGAUGAGUUGGUACCGGUCCACGCGAGAGCAGGUCUACAAAUGGUGUCCAAAUCUUUGUCAACGGGUCCGGCCAAAGCAGGUCUAGAGGGCCUUGACAAAUGGCGCGAAACCCUCACACUCAUACUAAGCAAUCGGAGCUCCGAUGAUACCCGUGCCUUGAACUCGCUUGGAAACCUGCUCUCCGGUUAUGGCAGAGCUGAAGCAGCUCAUAUAUGCUUCAUAUUUGCUCGAAACAAUGCUGUCUUUGGAGGUCUCGACGAUCCCCAGUCAAGUUUCGUUCUCGUUGGUGCAGAUCAUAAAAGGCAGGCCGAGCAAUUCGCCAAGGAGACGGAGCCUCUCCUGCUAAGUGAAGUCUACGAGUAUGGCCUUAGCUUGGCUGGAACAUCAAACAUCGGGGUCAGCUGUCCCCAUCUGGCUGCAUACAAGUUUCAACAUGCUAUGACCUUGGCAGAGUAUGGCUUCAGAGACAAAGCUUUGCAAUACUGCGAAGUGAUUUUCAACGCUAUCAACUCGCAAACAAGGAGGUCUCCCUACCAUCACGCAGUUCUGGAAGGGGCUGUUGAGGACCUUAUGAAGAGACUCAAACAAGCUCCGAAGGAAGAGUCAGGGUCGUGGAUCCCUAAGCCAAGCUACUCUCCUUACGCGCCACAAGCGCCGUCCGGCGGUGCUUCACCGUACGCACCAGCCGAACCUGCUCCUGAAACAAAAGAGGGAGGGAUUGGAACUGAUUCCACUCCAAGCUAUGGCUACCAGCCACCCUCCUAUGGCUAUGAGCCUCCAUCUUUAACUACUCCAGAGGAAUCUCAAUCACAGGCUCCUGAGCAUACUAGUAGCGGUGGAUACGAGCCUCCAUCUUACCAGCCUUAUGGAUAUGAGCCGCCUUCCUAUGAAGCCAACCCAGAGCCAACAAAUGAUGAUGGUGAUUCUGGAUCAGAAAAGGCCAAACCUAAGAAGAGCUUUAUGGAUGAUGAGGACGAUGAUAUUCCAGCAUUGCGCUCUCAAACACCUGGAGAAAAGUCAAAGGCGGAGAAGGACAAGGAGAACGAGGAACUUUUCCGCAAAGCAGCAGAAGAGGACGCGAAACGAGCAGCAGCCGAGAAGGAAGCCAAAGCCAAGAAAGGUUGGGGCUUUGGCGGCUGGUUUGGCGGUGCCAAGAAAGAGACUUUGGAGAACUCGCCAAACAAGCCUGUCCGUGCCAACCUUGGUGAACAAAGCAGCUUCUACUAUGAUCCCGAUCAGAAGCGGUGGAUCAACAAGAAGGCUGGUGCGGAAGACAACGCACCAAAGAAAGCCACCCCCCCGCCACCCAGGGGUAUUCCACGAUCAGCUACAGGGACACCUCCUCUCCCGGCUGCCACCUCCAUGCCAGAGCUGGGUCGAGCUAGCGCCCCUCCACCUCGAACUACAUUGACCCCUUCGCCCUUAAGCAAUCCGAAUGGACCACCAUCUAACCUAGCGGCUCCUCCAUUAAUGGCAAGAUCCGUGUCCAAUACCAGCGCACCGGGUGCUCCUCCCAGCGGCCCGCCUAGUCGUCCAACCACUAGCAUGAGCAACGCAAGCAGUAUAGACGACCUUCUCGGCGCUGCCGGCACCACCAAGCGUGGGCCCAAGAAGCCGAAGAAGGGCGGUCGUUAUGUUGAUGUCAUGGCGAAGUGA